AUGAAUGGAGAGUCGGUCGUCGAUCCUCAAGCUAAGGGAUCGAUGACUACUUCUCUAGUUUGCUUGAAAUUUCCUUUGUCGAUCUUUGACAGAGACUUUGUUAUUGAAUUGGUUUGUUUGCCAUUGAGUGGAUUAGAUGUGAUCUUGGGUAUGAACUGGAUGGAAUGUAACUAUGUUCAUAUUAAUAGUUAUAACAAAUCUCUACGGUUUUCUACUCUUGACGAGGAGGAGGAAAUUGGUUUAUUAUCUGCUAGACAAUUGCGGGAAUUUGUGAAAAAUGAAGUGCAUGUGGUACGUGAGUUUUGUGAAUUUUUUCCCGAUGAGAUUCCCGAUGGACCGCCAGAGAGAGAAAUUGAAUUAGCUAUUGAUCUUGUCCCUGGUACCAGAACUAUCUCCAUGGCACCAUACAGGAUGUCAGCAUCGGAGUUGGCAUAG